AUGUUCAACGCCACACUUUUCAUGACAUCGCUCUCUUUUUUUCUGAUUAAUGACAUGACUCCGUGGAAGGAUGCAUACGAAUGCCCAGCAAAUGUCCGGGUCUUUAACGAAACUUGGCCAACAAUUGGUGUGAUUUUUUUAGUUUAUGGAAUACUUUUGGUGGUGCUAAACAUUUUCUGUUCAAUCGCAAUUAUCUACACAAAAUGCACACAUCCCUCAACACAGCUGAUGCUUUUCCUAUCAAUCCUAGACAUAAUCCAGCUUGCAGUUAACUCAAUACUAACUGGCUUUCUUGGAAGGGAAGGACUCUCUUAUUGCAAUCACCCUAAAUUAAUUUUCAUUGCUGGGGCUCUAGGAAAUGGUGCAUGGCUUACUGCCAGUCCAACAUGCAUUCUUCUCACCCUUGAAAGAAUGACUGAAGCUGAAGUUUUAUUGCGUGUGAAGCGAAUAUUCAAAGAUGGUAGUUAUUUCAUAGUUCUUUUUUGUUUGUUCGUCUGGACCAUAUACAGUUUUCUUUUCACAAGUCCAGCAUUAUUUAGUUCAAAUCAUUUGUGUUGGCUGUAUAACCCUCUAAUUGGAAAAGAUCCAUUAAUUUAUUGGAGCUUUCUCCACACUGUAAACAAUAGUGUUAUGACAAUUGUCAUAAUCCCGCUAAACUUAUACUUCGCUUUUCAUCUUUUUCGUAAACGCUAUGUACUCAGUCAGUGGUCUUAUAAAUCCGCCAGACAGAUAAUUGGACAAACUCUGAUCUUAUCAGUUUUCCACUCCUCUGCAGCAUUUAUUUAUGAAAUAAUGCAAUUCAUCUCCCCGGGACCAGGAUUUUACAUUGCCGGGCAAAUUGCCUGGUCUCUGUCUAGUGGAAGUGCUGGAGUCUCCUAUAUUUUGUUGAACAAGACUAUUAGGCACAACUUGAAAAAGGUUUUUCUUUCAAAAGCAAUUCGAAGCCGAUGUGGGCUUUGUUGUUACGCAACCGAGGAAUUGGUUGCUGAAAAUGUUCGAAAAAUGGCGCAAAUGAACGACAUGCAACAAAUUGCUCCUUUUUGGGAUGGUGAAAUAUUUAACGGAGGAAAUAAUCAAGGGCAUGAUAAUCAGAAUAAUGCUAUAAAGGAACCAGCUCCACAAGGUGCGCAAGUCGCGCAAUCUAAUUUUGUUACUCUGUUUUAA